CAAAUUGUUUGCACGCAAACGACAAAUGGGGAAAGCUGAAUUAAUAAAUUAUUUGAAUGAUACCCUUAAGAAAGCGAUAGUCAGAGAAUCAUUACUAUAAAUUGUGCACCAUGUCCAAGCUUAGCUCAUUGCAUAAAAAUUAGCUGAACGUGUUUAACUUGCAUUAGAAAGCGGCGUAAUAUUAGCAAUACAGAGGGGAGAGAGAAAAGUUGGUGAUGUCUAAAAAAAUGCAGCAAGUAUUUCGCAUGAAAGAAGGGACAGAUGAAACUAGUUAUGCAAAAACAUCUUACAUUCAGAAGCAAGUGCAAUCCUUGACAAAACCCAUGAGAGAAAAAGCCAUAAAGGAGUUCUACUGCAGGGAACAACCAACAAUCUUAUGCAUAGCAGAUUUAGGAUGUUCCUCUGUUGAGCUGAGCAACUUAAGUCCGGUGUUUGGACUCCUAGAAACCGUUGAAAAUGCUCGUCGAGAGCUCGAAAAAGGGCCACAAGAGUAUCAAAUUUACUUGAAUGAUCUUCCAAGAAAUGAUUUCAAUACAAUCUUUAGGUCACUGGGAAGCUUUGGAGAAAAGCUUAAACAAGAAAUGAGAGAUGAUUUUGGGCAUUAUUUUGUGUAUGGUGCUCCUGGCUCUUUCCAUGGUAGGCUUUUCCCCUCCAACCAUUUGCACUUUAUCCAUUCUUCAUAUAGUCUUCACUGGCUAUCACAGGUACCAAAAGGCAUAGAAGAUAACAAGGGAAAUAUUUACAUAGCAAAGACAAGCCCCCCUCAUGUGCUUAAAGCUUACUAUGAGCAAUUUGAAAGGGACUUUUGGACGUUUCUCAGGUGUCGCUCAGAAGAAGUAGUAGCAGGAGGGAUGAUGGUGCUGACAUUAAUGGGAAGGAAAAGCACGGAACCUUAUAGCAAGAAAUCUUGUCUCAUUUUUGACAUGUUUGCUACAGCUCUCAAUGACAUGGUUGUUGAGGGUUUUAUAGAGGAAGAUAAGUUAAAUACUUUCAGCAUACCUAUCUACACUCCCUCGGAAGAAGAGUUAGGUUUUAUGGUGGAAAAAGAAGGAUCGUUUAAUCUCAAUCAAGUUCUUAUUACCGAAGUCAAUUGGAAACCAAGUGAACAAUAUAAGAAUCCAUACGAUAAGUCCUCUGAUCAUGCUAACUUUACUAACUGCAUGAGAGCCGUGGCAGAAUACUUACUCAUAAGUCACUUUGGAGAAGCCAUUCUAGAAGAGGUGUUCCGUAGGUACAAAAAAAUGGUUAAAGUUUCAAUGGCCAAAGAGAAGAAUGUGUUCACCAAUAUUACAGUCUCGUUGACAAGAAAAGGCUAAUAAUUAGCCAUGGAGAUAAUAAGUAUAGUCUGUUUCAAUAAAGGGUUGUUUAACACUAUAGAUAAUAAUAUGCCAAGUAUAAGUAGUAUAGUUAAAAUGAUUAAGGAAUUGCUUUAAGUGAGGCUUGGAUAUGUGUUGCCAAGUAAGAUUAGUAGAAGUAAUUAUAUUUUUAAGUCUGUAAUUGGCUAGCAAGUUGUAAUAGUGUGUGAGUAAAUAUUUUUACUCUUUUGGUUUAGAGUAGUCCAACCUAGUUGAUUUGCUCUUGCCUUGGGUUGGUUUUGAUAUAAUAGGUUUAUUAUGGAAUGAAAAUAUAAUUACUUGCUUAGCAAAAAAGAAACACUAAGAUGCUAUUGCAAUACUUAGAUUGUUACUAUCAUAUUUAUAAGACGUUGUUGUGGUGUAUCUAGCCCGAUUUAGAGCAUGUAACCUGUGUUGGCGCACACAGCCUCUUAAAGACAUAUUUCUUUUGCUG